AUGGUUCGGAGCUUUGGAAGGCGAAUUGAAGGCAAUCUUCGUGCUCCCGUUUGCGGACACUCCUUUUUGCAUGAGACAAUUACUCUCUAUCGAGCAGUAAAAAUGAGUUCGAACCUUUUUUUCGUUAGAACUCUGUUCUGAUAGAAUUUGGAAUGACACAAUUAUUUCGAAAAAUGAUGACGGAUUCAUUCGAAAAAAAGCUCUAUUAGCUGGAAAUGAGGUGACAGAUGCGAUAGGGCUUUGCUUGAAAAAUUACUCUGGUUCAAAGUAUCUAACUCUGGUAUGCGUAAAUCAUUUUGUGGUCGGGCGCAAAACUGUUGGAGCCGCUUCACAGUCGCUUCAAAUCGGCCAUUCUAAGAUAAGCUGAUAGUACGAUGUUUUUCUAACAACGGAAUAUAAAACUUGUUUUACUUUGAAAAAUAUGGAGAGUAUGACUUCGGAGACUGCCAGGAAGACAAAUGAAGAUGGGACAGAAGGAGGAGCAAGAUUCCAUCCUUUGAGAAAAUUUAAAGCUGUUGAACAACGAUAUUAUUAAGCACAUAAAGCCGAAAAUUAAGCGAAUGUGGUCAGAUGCUCCAAAAACAUGUGAAGGGACAUUAUGUAACAGAUUAUCCAAAUCUAAUUGUUUCAAGAUGUGAAUUUACACGUCUUUUCGUGCACAUCCUGACAGCCGCACCAGAAUCAAAAUCUACUGAAUGUUGCAAACGCGUUCAACCGUGAUCUAGCGGUAUUACCGGUUUUCCACGCGGACACGUGUGUGUGGGUUUCGACGAGCACCCGCCAAUAAUUAUGGCAUUUUCACUUUGCAUCUUUUCGCGCACUCUAGAAAUGGACUAAAUAACGAUCGACUACUUAUGCGGCCUUGAAAAUACUCUUAGAAAAGGAAUUAGAGGGUUUGAAUCUUGUACGACGUAAAAAAUAUUUCUUGAACGGUGUUAAAAUAGAGAUUUUUUCAAUUUGUGAUGAAAAUCAAAUGAUGUAAACCUUCAAAAGGCUUCUCUCCCCCAAAGCAUAUCUCAACACAGUAUAUCAUUUUUUUUUGGGUUACAGUAUGUCUUCCACAAAUUUGCGUAGCGGUUUUUUGUUUGAGACCCGUAAAAAGCGAGGGAAACCUCUUACUCGACCUUAGAUCGUAGUCAAUUUUGGAAUGUGAACUAGAAAAAGAGAAGAUAUGGAUCGAAACAAUAAAAAGUUUGUAAUUGUAGAUUACGUCCUAAAAUGAUCUAAUUUUUCAGGGCUACUUGUCCGAAGCUGGAGCAUCUUUGGUUGACCAGAAGCUUGGUCUGAACAUCGUGCCGCCAACGGCAGUCGUGGAACUCGCAGCACCUUCUUUCUACUACGACCGCUUCGACAGAGCCAAGGCCAGAACUAAGGAGCGCAUUCAGUCUCGCUAUCCGAACCUCGGAAGACGAUUCCACCGAAUCGGACUUCCACCCAAGGUUAGAUACAUAUUCACUACUUUCGCUAUCUUGAAUUGAAUAAAAAACAAUUGAAAAGCUUAAAGUUGAUAAAUUAUGAAUUAUGAAUCAUCUUUUUUCUGUUUCCUUGCAAAUUUCUGGUGUUUUGAAUUUAAAGGUUCCAUUGACCAAUUUACGGAUUUCUUUCAUAAAUCUAAAGAUGUUGUUGAGUACAGCAAGGGCCGGCCUUUUCUUUCACUUUCCCGCAAAAACAACUUGUUUUUGCGGCGGCGUUCAGACACAGUUUUUUUAUGUGCCGUGUGGCACCGAUAGAAGAGAAAAACAUCAAUUUGGCACAAACAAGGAAAUACUCUGAUCAACUUUCUUCAAAUAAAAACUGUUUUUUUUGUUUUUUUUUCUCAUUGAAGAGAAAAUCUUCAAUUUCGGCAAAAGCUUUAGAUUUUUUUGUGAUUUUUUUUAAUGCAAAAAGUGCAAGAAUCAAAGAACGAAAGUUUGGGAGUUAGCUAAAACUCUUGUAUUAUCAUUUUUCGAGUUAGUGAAGUCAGUACGGUCAGUAUCUUCAAGUCAGUAUAUUAGUAAAGAGAAUCAUAAUGAUCUCAUUUUUGUCAUUGUCAGUAUUAGGAACUUUAAAGCAAGCUUAGAGCUUGCUUAAAAUCAGUAUUCACUCGAAAGAUUCUCAUUUCGGACUCACGCCAUCUGGGGUCGGAGCUAUCACUGGCGCCUGACACGCGACAAAAAAGAGAUGAAGCAUGCAGAUAGGCAUGGCAAGUACGCGUUCGAAAAGAGAUUGAUGAGUGGAUUGCCCUCCUAAAGAGUGCAAACCUCUUCUCACAAAAAUAAGUGCUUCUGGGGAGAAAAUUUUUCAAGAAAAAUCCCCCAAUAUAUUUAACUUUUUUAGACUGGCAGCUUCCAAUUGUUCGUGACUGGCUUUCAAGAUGCGGGACAUUGGCUGCGCACUUGGUCAACUUAUCCCGAAUCCGCUCCUCCACCAAUCACUCAACAGUAUGCAUCUCAUGAUUUUCAGCUUGAACUUUGAGUUUAAUUUAGGCAAUUUCAACUGUUGUUCGAGAAGUUAGUUGCUCUAGACUACAUAAUCCGCAACACCGGUAAAAUGUCGAAAAGAAUCUCGGUAGUCAGAGGAAUUUCUUAUAGAUCGCGGGAGUGACAACUGGUUGGUGAAGUACAUUCAAGCGGAUGUCAUCGAGCCCGAGGUGCCCAGUGACCCUACUCAAGACUCAACAAACGCCGAGAAUCGGGUUUGAACAAAAAAAACUUACCGGAAUAAAGAAAAGCUGUAUGGAGAAACGAUAUCAUAAAAAGGACGGAGCGAGGUUUUGGUACAGAACGAAUUUGGUUUGAUUCGGUUCCAUGCACUAGGAAGUUCUGGAAGACACUCAAAAACACUUCACUCAGAUUCCUCCAUCUUUUGAGAAUUAAACCCAAUGGAACAGUCAAAAGAAAAAGAGCCAGAACGAUUUUGUUCAGUUUAUUGUUUUUUGGAAACUCGAAUUUCUUCAAAGAUCGUUCUGCUUUAAAUUUAGAAUCUUUCUGAAAAACUCGCUUCAACAAGUUCAAUGUACCCUAAAAGGUUCACCUUGACGAAAUUCCUGAUUUUUUUAAGAUGAUGGUUUGAAAUUUGGUUGCCUUACGUUACAGAUUUUUCCUUGAAAAACUCACAAUCAAAGUUCACAAUGAAAUUAAUUGAAGGAACCUGAGGAGGGAAAGCUGAUCGACUUGGUCGACACGAAUCCAGUGGCUCCGCCGGUUGCUGCUCCUCCAGGUGAGACAUGAACGUAGUCAGGGGCAGAUGCCUUGAGCUGGCGAGCGAGCCGGACCUUGGUGCUGACAUCGACACCGGAGUCACUGCUCAGAAAAGAGUAGGCGCGGUCGCGAUCGUCGUGCUCGACAGCUUCAGAGUAGGGAUCGCUCAUUCUGCGAGCACGGCGUGGGGAAAAACAAUGAAAACAGCGAAUAGUAGCGGUCGGCUCGGCGUCCGACGGCACGAAUGAACAGCUUGCACUGAAGUUUUGUUUGGGAAGGCUGAGGACUACAGCCUUGCUCCACCUCUGAAAAUUGUUCUGAUUCCUACUCGCUCGGUUGUUUUGCCGUUCGUUGGGGUCUUUCACCGCCUGGGCCGCCCUCCUAUACCGUACUUCGUCAUGUUUACGUUCCUUAGGGUUUUUUUUUCGUUUCGCGACUCUCUUUGUCUCGUAUUUUCAACUUUUUGUAAGCGAACACAGUUGCACCCUGGCGGUCGGUUGGUUUGUUGCUUCAAAAUAUGUUUUUUCUCAGGCGAAGGUUUUUUUUCAGAGUGAAUUCUGAUUGAAUAAAUAGGACUAAAGAAAAACAAAAGGUCAACCGCUCUAUGGUGUUGACCGUAGAUUGAAAAGACGCCAUUACCCUUCAAAUUCUUCUCUUUAUGUCUAUUCUGGUUUAUCAUUUCUAAAAGAAUGUUCCAAUGAGCAUUUGCUUUGAGAGGUUUGAAUUCAAAAAAAAAAAUAGGGUUUUGCAGGGGCUCAGCUUGAAAAAGAAUACAUAUAAAAAGUGCUUUUCGAAAUUUUGAUGGGCAUUAUUUCAGAGCAAGAACGUUCCAACUCGCGUCUUUUCGGUGAUGAGCCGGCUCCAGCGGAGAUCGAAUGGGCCGAUGUGUCCAUUCCAAGCAUCGAAAUAGCGGCUAUCGACAAUGGUCUCGCUUUUCCGUUCAAGCACCCUGACGAAUGGCGAGCAUGUAAGUGAUCAUCAACUGAAGGAAAAGUGAUAAGAAAAUUUUUUAUCUUCGUUCCUGUAUUUAAAAGUUUUAAGCUCAUUUUUUUCCCAAAUUUACUUCAAAGCUCAAAAAAAUGCGCUCAAUUUGUCAAUUGCGUGUUUUUUCUGUUGCUUGCGGAACGAGUUGAAGCCAAUAAAAGGCCGUCCAGAGGUCGUUGGUCGCGCAAAAAGAAGAAUGGGUUUGCAUUGCUAAUGACAGGCCCACGAAAGAAUUUAUCCAGCCUGAGGUCUGGAAAAAAAAGGGAAAACAGUGAAUUUAAGUUUUUCAAUCAAGAAGAGAAAAUAAGAAAAUAUCCGAAUCAACUGGUUCAGAUCCAUUUGGCUGGUCGCUGCUGCCACAGGCUCGUCAGCCUUUUUCCGACGAAACCAUCGACCUGCUGCUUCCGAAGCUGGACGACACCAAAUUUGUGCGUGAACUUUGCGAGGACCUCCGUUUGGUUUUCAAGGUGCGUCAAUCGUUUGAUAUUGAGAUAAUUUCAGGGAAAAAAGUGUGCAAGUUUUUUGAAACAUUGAAAAUGCCAAAGCCCAGUUUAAUCGUUGUAAAGCUAUCCCUUUGAACUGGCAUCUCGUUUAAACACGCUGAUCCGGCGCGUCCGACCAAAAGCUACUUUCGCGAGGUCUCAUACUUUAGGAUGGGUAACCACUACGAAAAGCAGCAAAUGAUAAAUUUCUGAUCUGCGAAGCAUAUGUCGAACAGUAUAGAACUUCGCCCCGCCCUAAAUGAGCUUAGAAACCAAAUUCCUAAAAAAGAACAAAAAAAUUUUUAUCCGGUUAAAAAAAUCAUAUUGCUACUAUCAUCUGUAACAAGCUUUUUGAAUUCUUCAUUAUUUCUUAUUUUUCUCGGUUUUUUUCAGAACGACAAGGGUUUCGAUAAGAAAAUCUUCGAGCGGCAAAUGUCUGUGAUGAGAGGCCAAAUUUUCAACCUACGGGAGGCUCUGAUGAAGAAGAAAAGCCCUUAUCAGUUGAUUCAGGUACAUUUUCGACCAUUUUCACUUUUAACGAAGCAUUAUCAGAUGCCGGCCCAAUACAUGGUUGAAGUCAAGCAGAAGAAAAGAAGACACCGUCGCAGUGGCAGGAAUGUCGAGUACACUGCCGCUCCAACUUACGAUUGUGAGUUUUCCAUGAACUAGCUGAAAACAUCCUCGUUGAGUCCAAAUAAUUUUGAAAGUUCGAAAAAUUUGCAAUGCUUUACUGGAAAACGAAAGCCAACGUAUACAGCUGGAUAAAUGUUUGAAACUCUUUUUUUUUCGCAAAAAGGAAAUAAUUUCAGCCGACACGGCUCUCGACGAAGCUCCUCCAACUGUGCAGGUCGCGCCAUCUUCUGCUAGCGACGUCAACCCAGUCCGAUCCCCAGAAGUCAAUGUCGCCGGGUCUUCUCGUUCUUGGCAAGACGCGUACCAACAGAAAGUCCAGACCAAGAAUCCUUUCUUCCGUUGGUGGUGA